UAUUUUGUUUCUCGAAAACAGCUGGAAUCGGCAAAAGUCAGGGUUAUGCAAACUCUGUAAUUUUAAUUUUCUGCCAAAGUAAUUUUCAUGCAUCGAAUGUUUAUUGAAGUUAAUAAAUGUUACGAUUUUUAUCGUUCACUUUGAAAUUACAGAGUUUGAAACGAAUAAGUUCUUCUUGUACCAAUAGAUCAUUUAAUCCUACACUCACCAGAAGGAAAUAUAACAAGAUGGUGAAAUAUUUAAAUCAGUUGGAAGCUAUUAAUAUUGAUAAAGAUCUGUUCAACAAAUAUAAAUUCAGCGUUGAUCAGUUAAUGGAAUUGGCUGGACAAAGUUGUGCUAUCGCAAUUGCAAAAUCUUAUCCAUUGUCAGAAAGCUCUAAUAAAGUGCUGGUAUGUUGCGGACCAGGCAACAACGGUGGUGAUGGCCUUGUUUGUGCCAGGCACUUGAAACUGUUUGGAUACUCACCAGAAAUUUAUUAUCCAAAACGACCAAGUAAUGCAUUAUAUGAGAGACUGUUGCAUCAAUGCAUUGAGAAUGAUAUUUCUGUACUGGAAAAUGAACAUAUAGAGGAAGCAAAAGAUUCUACAAUUUUGCACAAAUAUGCAAUCAUAAUAGAUGCUCUACUUGGAUUCAGUUUUAAGCCACCAGUGAGAGAACCGUUUAUUCGCAUCAUUAACAUGUUAAAAGACACAAUUGUUCCUAUUUGCAGUAUAGAUAUACCCUCAGGCUGGGAUGUCGAGAAUGGUCCAUCAGAAGAUGGAGGCAUAAAACCACAAAUGUUAAUAUCUUUAACUGCACCAAAGAUGUGCGCAUCUAAAUUUGAAGGAAAGUUUCAUUAUUUGGGUGGACGAUUUGUUCCUAAGAAGUUGGAAUCACAAUAUAAUCUUAAUUUACCAAAAUAUGUUGAUACAGAUCUUGUCGUUAAACUACAAGAAUAAGUACAUAGUACUUCACACGUUUAAAAAUUAUAUUUGAAUAUA